AUGUCCGAAAUUCGUAGAAAGCUCGUCAUUGUCGGCGACGGUGCCUGCGGCAAGACUUGUCUGCUCAUCGUGUUCUCCAAAGGAACUUUCCCAGAGGUCUAUGUCCCCACGGUGUUCGAAAACUAUGUCGCCGAUGUAGAAGUUGAUGGAAAGCACGUUGAACUUGCGCUUUGGGAUACAGCUGGCCAGGAAGACUAUGAUCGUCUCCGCCCACUCUCCUACCCCGACUCCCAUGUCAUUCUAAUUUGCUUUGCCAUCGAUAGCCCUGAUUCUUUGGAUAAUGUACAGGAAAAG